ACUCACCACACCACACCAUGGAUCCACAACUUCUAAUCCCCUCCCAACCCACCAAUUUUAACUUUGAUAGCACAAAAAGCCCGAAAAUUUUCACUUCAAAUGUGUUUUAUAGUGCACCAACUAGUCCAAAACAUUCAUCCACUUCUUUUGAUCAUCAAGACUCUUUUGCAAGUAGUACUAGUUGUGUUGUUGAACAUGGAAACAUGGAUGAUGGAUCAAAGGAAGAAUUUAACUAUGAUUUGGAUUUCGCUUUCGAUUUUAGUGGACAAUUGGAAAGCCCAUUGAUAUCAGCAGCAGAUGAAUUAUUCCAAGGUGGAAAGAUCAAGCCAUUAGACCCACAACCACCACCUAUGCCAAAAACCUAUGCAAAACAACAACAUUUGAUCAAACCAUACAAAAAUAUAUAUAGUCCUAAAAACAUUUUGUCACAAAAUACAACAAAACACAAUGCCUCAAGAUCAUUAUCACCCGGUAGACGAGUUUCAGACAUAUUAAUAGAUGAUCAACAAAAACCUUCUUCAUCAACAACAACAACACCUUUUGGGUUCAUGUGGUACAAUAAAUGGAACUUAAAGAACUUGCUAUUAUUUAGAAGUACAUCAGAAGGGAGUGCAAUGAUAUCGAAAGAUAGUAAAAGCACGAGUUUUAGAAGCAACGAUGGAGGUGGUUCGGUAACAGGAGGAUCUUCAAGGAGAAUGAAGAGGAAAGUAUCGGCUCAUGAAAUGCAUUAUACCGCGAAUAGGGCUGUCGCGGAGGGGAUGAAGAGGAAGACAUACUUGCCUUAUAAAUCAGGGUUACUUGGUUGUUUAGGGUUUGGUUAUAGUCAUAAUAAUAAUAAUAAUAAUAAUAAUAAUAAUAAUAAUAAUAAUAGUAUUCAUGAAACUUCUUUUAGAGGAAGAUCAUCAUGAAAAUUUUAAAUUUGUUAUUCAUUGGAAGUUACUUAGCUAGAGAUCAAUUGUUUUUGUAAAACUGGUUUGAUGUGUUUUCUAGAUGAAAUAGUAUUUUUCUUUGUGAAGGUAAAACUAUUCAUAUUGUUGACUAGUAUACUCGUAAUAUAAUUUUAAUUUGAUAAAAAAGGAUACUAAUUGUUAAUCACUUAAACUAUUGUCUAUU